AUGGCAAAACAACAAUCACCAUCAACAAUCACUCAAAAACCUUCUCGAUGGCCUUUUAUAGGUGCCGCAAUCAUUGCUGCUUUAGCCGCAUUGACCACAUUUGUUUUUACAACCUCCAGUCCUGAUGGCUGCCCUCAGACCUCUCCAAUGGCCCCACCCCACGGCGAUUUGUCUGCGUUCCGCACACCCGAGUUCCGAAACUGGAGUUUGGCUGUAUUACAAAGAUCCGUGCGCGUGCGUACCGAGGCUUACGAUGAUGCCGGGCCUGUUGGUCUCGACCACCGGUGGGACGUGUUUUACGAGUUUGAACGCGUCCUUAAGGAAUCUUUCCCUAAUGUUCACCAUACUCUUCUCCUCGAACACGUAAACACUCAUUCUUUGGUUUACACGUGGAACGGCACAGUACCUGGAUUAAAGCCUACUAUCCUUAUGGCCCACCAAGAUGUUGUGCCCGUGUUUGACGACUCGCUCGAUAAAUGGACCCACCCACCAUACGCUGCAGACUUUGAUGGCACAUACGUGUGGGGCCGCGGGGCUUCCGAUGAUAAGGGCUCGUUACUAGCAAUUCUUGAAGCUGUUGAGAUUUUGGUCAAACAGGGAAUGCGUCCUAGACGUACAAUUAUUCUGGCUUUUGGGUUUGAUGAGGAAAUCUCUGGUCAUUAUAGUGCUGCCAAAAUUGGAAAGUUUCUGGAAACUCGCUAUGGACCAAACUCUGUGCACUCUAUAAUUGAUGAAGGUGGUCUUGGUGUCAUCAAACAACAAGGUGUCAAAUUUGCACUACCUGGAGUCAUUGAAAAGGGUAUGUUUGAUAUCAAAGUCCAGCUUAACACUCCAGGUGGCCAUUCAUCCAUGCCACCAGAUCACACAGCCAUUGGAAUCAUAAGCGAGCUGGCUGUCGUAAUGGAGUCUACGCCAUUCCAACCUGUCCUUACGCAGCAUUCACCCGUGUAUGCAUAUCUGCGAUGCACAGCUGAAUAUGCGCCUGUGCCAGCAGCUUUCCGUGGUAUAAUCCAAUGGCUGGCUAAACAUACAACUUCGUCAUGGUUAGUUCAAAAGGCUAUUUUCCAUGUACUCGGCAAGACCUCAGCAACAAAGUAUAUGGUGCAAACAUCUCAGGCUAUUGAUUUAAUGCAGGGAGGACUUAAGGUAAACGCGUUGCCUGAACAAGCUACGUUGGUGGCCAACUACAGAAUCGACUUGGAUAGUACUGUACAACAAACUCUUGACAAGGUAAUUGCCAAUGCCAAAACAGUGGCAACUAAGCAUGGUCUUGGAGUUGCUGUUAAUCACACGCUUGAUGAUGGUACAGUCAAUUUCCAGCAAGUCAUGAAGCCAUCGGGCAAUGGUAAGGGUAAGCGGCCUGGAUUGGGACAAGUGGCAGGGUCUUUAGUAGUUUCCAACUUUGGAAUUUCGCGGCCUGUGUCGCCUAUUACACCUACUGUUGGAAGUGAAGCCUGGGAGACUCUGAGUGGGACGAUCCGAUAUGUAUUUGAAGAAUUUGGAGGUGCAAUUAUGGACCCGACAAAGGAAAAUCAGUAUGAUAAAGCAGUUGCUGAACAAGGUCCUGUAAUUGUUGCUCCAUCACUUAUGGUUGCCAAUACAGACACUGUACACUACUGGCGGCUGAGUGAUAAUAUUUUCCGGUUUGCACCAUACCGCUACGAGAGCGUUACGGCCAACAAUAUUCACACAGUGGAUGAGCGUAUAGCGCUAGAUGUGCACAUUGAAGCUGCUGCCUUUUACUAUAGUUAUAUCUUAAAUGUUUGA